AUGCGGCACAGCAAGCUGGAAAAGGAUCUUCACUUCUCUCUGACCUCUUACCUCGAGCUGUCACAGACCUACACAAUGGAGCUCCAGCCCAAUCUCGUAAUCCUCCUCCUCUUGGCUGCCCUGGGGAUAGCAGGCCUAUCUAUCCAACGUUUCCUCACCCGCCGCCAGUUUGCACGACGCCACAGAUGCCAACCGGUCGCGAGAUGCUCGAGCAAAGACCCCUUCCUCGGCCUUGAUACAAUUCCCGGAACAAUCCGCGCAAUUAGGGGACAUAGGAUUCUCCAGAGAGGCUGCGAGCUUUUCCGUGAAUAUGGCAAUACAUUCAGGGUCAAGGAGUUGCACCGAAGUGCAAUCCUGACAAUUGAGCCAGAGAAUAUCAAAACAAUUCUAUCGCUAAGAUUUGCGGACUAUGGUAUCAGCCACCGGCUCAAGCCAUUCAAACCCCUGUUAGGAGAAGGCAUCUUUACUACAGAUGGCGAACACUGGGCCUCCUCUCGCGCGCUAAUCCGGCCUAGUUUUGCCCGUGAACGGGUGGCUGAUCUGAGGUUAUUGGAGGGCUUGAUCCAAGAUUUACUUGUGUUGCUUCCGCGGGAUAGCAGCACAGUAGACUUGCAAGGGCUGUUCUUUCUGUACACACUUGAUGCGGCGACCGAGUUCUUGUUCGGGCAGUCUGUCGGCAUGUUGAAGGAAAAGAAGAGCACAGGGGAAUUUGGCACGUCCAAAAGGAGCACAGGGGAGCCCGGCUUUGCAGAGGCUUUCCACUAUUCUCAGAAGGCAGCGCUCACUCGGUCCACGCUGGGCCCGUUGAGUGCGCUCUACCGCGAUCGAAAGGCUGACGACUGUAAUCGCAUUUGCCGGGGCUUUGCACAGCAGUUUGUGGAAGAGGCUGUUUAUGCAGCUGCGACGAAGAAGGGAGAAGGAGAAGAAGAAAUAGAGAAAAAAAGGGAACAGAAACGUAUCUUCUCACACGAGCUGGCGUCACGGACAUCUGAUCAGCGGCGAAUCCUGAAUGAGCUGAUGAAUGUCCUCCUGGCCGGGCGUGAUACAACAGCUAGUCUCCUUAGCAAUCUAUUCUUUGUUCUUGCAAAGAACCCACGGAUUUGGAAGAAGCUGCGUAAUGAAGUCAGUGUCUUGCAUGGACAGCCACCGACAUACGAGCAACUUCGUGGGCUGAAGUAUGUUCAAUAUUGCGUGAAUGAAUCCCUCCGUCUGCAUCCUGUUGUUCCUCGCAAUGAUCGCGAAGCAAUCCGAGACACUGUCCUUCCCUUAGGUGGGGGUAACGACGGCCUCUCACCGGUUUUUGUCCCUAAAGGGACCCUUGUCGCCUACAAUGUCUACGCCAUGCACCGCCGGGCAGAUCUUUACGGCCCAGAUGCGGAGGAAUUCCGUCCCGAGCGCUGGGAGGAUGGCACGCUACAGCCGUGCUGGGGAUACCUGCCUUUUAAUGGCGGACCACGAAUCUGCAUUGGCCAGCGCUACGCGUUGACUGAAGUGAGUUACGUCCUUGUCCGGAUGGUGCAGGAAUUCCGCAGGCUGGAGAGCCGUGAUCCAGGGCCUUGGGAGGAGAGCCUAGCGUUGACACUUUGCUCGAGGAAUGGGACUAAAGUUGGGCUUAUUCCUUGA